AUGGCAGACACCGUGGAGCACUUGGUGGGAGGCGGUGGUGCGGGCGGCUUGCUGCCCAGCGCCUCGCCCGCCCAGCAUCCGCCUAACAUGUUGCAGCCUAUGGAGGAAAUGAUUCUUCCCCCCAAAAGACAAGCUGUUGUUGAUCGCUUAAGACGAAGGAUAGAAACGUAUCGUCGCCGACAGACAGAGUGCGUGCCCAGAUUCGACCAGUCAUUCACUGGCGCCUGCGAACAGCAGAACCUGGAAACAACGGCAUUGCAAAAACGUUUUCUCGAAGGAAAAGCAAAGCGACAAGCCAAGAAGAAUGACCGUAAGCCAGAUUUACCGGCCAUCAGCGGCAACCUGCACAGUAGCGUUGUACAUGUGCAACAAAAAUUUGGCUGCGGUGAUUAUGAACCUCCUGCAAAAUUGCAUUGCGUUGGUGGUGCUGGAGGAGGCGGCGUUGGAGGCGAAGCUCUCACUAAGUUCUCAGUAGAAAUAGUUCAGCAGUUAGAAUUCACCACUUCAGCUGCAGACUCGCAGCCCCAACAAAUUUCUACUAAUGUCACGGUAAAGGCACUAGCAAAUGCAGUGAAGACCUCAAGUUCACCACCUUUGCCACAAGCACCAGCCCGGGUGCCAACUCCGUUGGAUUGUGAGCGAGAAUGUAAAGCCGAAUGUAAAUCGGAAGUUGCUGACGAUGAUUUUGUAGGUCUUGAGGAAUGCGCUGCAGCCAUUGAGCGUGAUGCAGCUUCCGCCUUUCCGGGACUGGCCGAUCUGAUCGGUGAAGAAGAUGGAGGUGAAACAUUCGAGGACCUAAUUACGGAAAUAUCAGAGUAUCCUGAGUUCAUGAAAAAUUUUGAUAUCGACGGUGGCAAUUUAAAUGGGGGAGGGAUUGGUUUAGAGCCCUCCGAGGGUGAACCUGCACCGAGACCGUAUUCGGGUGGCGAGAUGUCACCAGCGGCGCAGACCUUGAAACAUAUGGCUGAGCAGCAUCAGCAGGCAGCUGGUGGCGACUGGGCGCGAUAUCGCGGAUACGGCGGAUAUCGCCCGCGGCCGGCGCCUCCUACCAUGGACCAUUUGCACAUGACUCAACAGCAACAACUGCAUCUGACGCAACCUCACCACAAUCUUCAGGUGUCAGCAGCGCAGCAUAUGCAAGUGAACAGUGGGGCGAGCGGUGGCCAUGUCUCAGUGGCUGCUCAGCAGGGCAUGUACGCCAGCUUCCAGCAUCAGGGAACGCCCUCGCCACAACAUCAUCAAGGGGGCGGAUGCGAUACAUACUCGGUGUCUCAAUCGCAGAGCAUUAACUUCUCACAGGCGAUGCGAGCGAGGCCCGCGGGCGCAGCUCAGCAGCCCCAAGCCCAAGGACAAGGUGCCCCACCACCACUCGGUGUCGCAGCUGCGGGUAUAUCACGCGAGCAGCAAGCGAAAAUGCUGCAGCAACAGCAGCAGCAGAUGUUACGAGCGCAACAGCAGCAAAUGCGACCUCCGCCUCCGGAAUAUAAGGCACGAUUCGUGAACGCGGGCGGUGUUGGCGGAGUUCCUGCGUUGAGUGCUCGACGUCCCCCCGCUGCAGCUCCUAGACCAUUUCAUCAUGCCAGACAAUAUGCGCCUGAGUGGCGACAUGUUUUCAUGCAACAACAGCCCACUUCAAGGCAGCAGUUUCCACAUCACCAUCAAGGUUUCAAUAUGGGCACUAUGGGUGGCAUGACGCAACAGCAACAGCAACAAAUGCAAAUACAACAAGCUCGUCUACAACAACAGCAACUUAUGCAGCACCAACAACAGCGGACAUCUAAUCAACAACAGUCGCCGAUGUCUCACUUGAUCAUGCAACAGAAUCAAAUGAUGAGUGUGCAAGGACAGAUACCAAAUAUCCACAUGAGCCAGUCCCAAAGUAUGUCGAUGCAGCAGGCCGGCAUGGGCGGUAUGGGUGGACAUCAAGGGAGUCCAAUGCAAAAUGGACCCAUGCAAGGUCAGGGACCAAUGCAUACGCAAAACAACCCUAUGCAACAAAAUACUAUGAUGUCUAACGGACCCAUGCAGAAUCAAAACGGCAGCAAUCAGCAUACGUUCCCGUCACUCCAUAAUACGUCUUCCUUCGUGGGACAAACCACAGACUUUAAUCUCGACUUCCUUGAUAACAUGCCUUCCACGGACGCAAGUAAUCUCACCGCACAGGAGCUACUUAACUCCUUAGACAACUCGUUUUUGAAUGACAUCCUUUAA